UUGUACAGCACCAUACAAUCAAUGUGUGCAUAAUCAUCGUACGAUAUAUGAGCAGUCAAUAUCUUCUUUGUUUGUAAGUUUCCGAAUAAAUAAAUAAAAUUGUCAAUCAAAAACAUAUUUGACAAACAACAUAAUCUCAAUCAAUAAAUAGUAGAAAAGAUUGAAAUUGAAAUUGUUUUUUGUGAAUAUCAUUCCCAUUGAAAAUUUCAUCGUAUCAACGACACUCCAUUGAAACUUGAACACCAAAAAAACUAAUUCAAUUUCUUAAAAAAUGAAAAUUCAAAUUGAAAAAGUUCUCAUCUCUGAUCCAAUCGAUCCAGCUGCUAUCCAGAUUUUACGUGAACGUAAUAUUCAUUGUGAAGUGGCUACCGGUUUAUCGCCAAAUGAGCUAAUCAACAUUAUUAAGGAUUAUGAUGCAUUGAUUGUACGUAGUGGAACACAAGUAACCAAAGAUGUUAUUGAUGCUGGCAAAAAUCUAAAACUUAUUGGUCGUGCCGGUGUCGGUGUUGAUAAUAUUGAUUGUCGUGCGGCAACCCGUGCCGGUAUUAUUGUUAUUAAUGCACCAGCUGGCAAUACAAUUUCGGCUGUUGAAUUAACCUGUUCAAUGAUAUUAUCGACUGCUCGUCUGGUACCACAAGCAUGUCAAUCGUUAAAAUCCGGUAAAUGGGAUCGUAAAACAUUUAUGGGUAAUGAAAUUAAAGAUAAAACAUUGGCUAUUAUUGGUCUUGGUCGUAUUGGUCGUGAAGUAGCUCACCGUAUGCAAUCAUUUGGUAUGAAAACAAUUGGUUUCGAUCCAUUGGUAUCGGUGGAACAAGCCAAAGAAUUUGGUGUAGAAUCAUUAUCGUUGAAUGAAAUUUGGCCACAAGCUGAUUUUAUAACCGUUCAUACACCACUUAUCCCCCAAACUAAAAAUAUGAUCAAUACUGAAACAUUACAAAAAUGUAAAAAAGGUGUACGCAUAAUUAAUGUUGCACGUGGUGGUAUAAUCGAUGAAAAUGAUUUAUUGAUGGCAUUAAAAUCUGGACAUUGCUCGGGUGCCGGUUUGGAUGUUUACAUGGAAGAACCACCAAAAAAUCGUGAAUUAAUUGAACAUCCUUUGGUAGUCUGUACACCACAUCUUGGUGCUAGUACAAAAGAAGCACAGAAUAAUGUUGCUAAAGAAAUAGCCUUACAAUUUUUGGAUAUUAUGGAUGGGAAAUCUGUUGCCGGUGUUGUAAACGCACCAUUAUUAUCGGAAAUGUUAAAACAUCAGAAUUUAUUAUGGACAAGAUUGGGUCGAAAUUUAGGAAUGUUGGCUGCAAUGGAUUCACCAUCAUCAUCAUCACUGAAAUUGUUUAUCAAUGGUAAUGAAGCACGUAAAGUGGCCAAAUUAAUACGUGAAACCGUUUUGGUUGGUUUUUUGCGAAUUAAAACUGGCAAAGAAGUUAAAUUAAUUUCAGCAUCUGAUUUAGCUGCGGAUAUGAAUAUCGAUUUGAAAUUAGAAUUGCCCGAAUCAUCUGGUCAUUGUUGUUUUAGUAAAAUUUGUUUGAAAACUGAUUCUGGUAAUGAAUAUAUGGGGAUACCACAAGGUCGUCGUUCAUAUCUAAUCGAAAUGAAUGGUCAUCAAUUUGAACCAGUUAUAUCAAUGGAAAGUCAUUUAACAUUUUUCCAAUUGAAAAAUUCAUCCGAUUAUGAAUUAUUAAUCCAGUCAUUAUCCAAUCAAAUGAUGAUGAUGAUCAAAUCUAUAACUAAAUCGGUAGAUAAUCUAUUGAUAGCAAUUCAUUCAACAGAAUCAUUACAAUCAUUGCCGAAAGAAAAUCAAGAUUAUAUUAAAGUGAUUCGUUUGAAUUUUUCCUAGAUCAGAUCCAAAAAUAUCGAUAUCUAGAGAUUCAUUUGGCUUACAUGACCAACCAAAACAACAAACAACAACAACAAACUUUCUAUUUUUUCUCUCGAAAAACAAAUUUGAAUAAACUGAGCUUAAUAAAUAUUUUUUUCGUUCA